AUGUCCGCGCCCCGCCAGCAGCUCUACCUGCGCUGCGAGAUGAAGCCGUUCGAGCACCGCGCCGCCCUCACGCCCGCCACGGCGCGCCAGCUCAUCGACGCCGGCUUCGACAUCACCGUCGAGCGCGACCCGCAGCGCAUCUUCGACGACGAGGAGUACGAGAAGGUCGGAUGCAAGCUGGCACCGCACAACACCUGGGACUCGAUCCCGGCCGACAUCCCCAUCAUCGGCCUCAAGGAGCUGCCGGCGCCGGGCCCGCCGCUGCCGCACACGCACAUCCAGUUUGCCCACUGCUACAAGCAUCAGGCGGGCUGGGUCGACGUGCUGUCGCGCUUCAAGCAGGGCGGCGGCAAGCUGUACGAUCUUGAGUUCCUCGAGGACAAGAACGGCCGGCGCGUGGCCGCGUUCGGCUGGCACGCCGGCUUCGCGGGCGCGGCGCUCGGCGUGCUGGCGCUGGCGGAGCAGCUGCACGACCCGGAGAAGGGCCGCCUCGGCAAGCAGACGCGCUACCCCAACGAGGGCGAGCUCAUCGAGCACUCGAAGCAGAAGGUCGAGCUCAUCCGCAGCAAGCGCCCCGACGGCAAGGUCAAGGCGCUCGUGGUGGGUGCGCUGGGCCGCUGCGGCCGCGGCGCGAUUGACUUCCUCGAGAAGGCCGGCGUUGCCCCCGAGGACAUUGUGCGCUGGGACAUGAAGGAGACGAGCGCCAAGCCGGGGCCGUACCAGGAGAUGCUCGACGUCGACAUCUUUGUCAACUGCAUCUACCUCAACCAGCCCAUCCCGCCGUUCCUGUCGCGCGACUUUAUCUCGCAGGCCGGCAAGGAGCGCCGCCUGGGCUGCGUCGUCGAUGUCAGCUGCGACACGACGAACCCGAACAACCCGCUGCCGAUCUACGACAUCAACACGACGUUUGAGGAGCCGACUGUUGACGUCGAGACUGGCGCGGGCAACCCGCCGCUGACUGUCAUCUCGAUUGACCACCUGCCGACGCUGCUGCCGCGCGAGGCGAGCGAGGGCUUCUCGACGGACCUGCUGCCGUCGCUGCUGCAGCUGCCGUACGUGCUGGCCGGCAACGCACAGGCCAAGGAGGCCGGCGCCGGCGCAGAGGAGGGCAAGGGCGCCGUGUGGACGCGCGCCGAGGAGCUGUUCAAGAAGCACCUCAAGGAGGCGGAGCAGCACGGUGCUUAGACGGCAAGCUGCCAAAACGAAAUAGAGCCUCGAGAGAUCUGUGACCGCUCCUGCGAGAGGGUGAUGAUGCUUCGCCUGGAACAAUCUGAGACUCUCGGCGCGUCCAUGACCCCCUGAGGCCCCUGGGGUCGUCUCGCUGCCGCCUCGCUCGCCGCUCGGUCCCGGCAUCUAUAUGCGUC